ACAGAGGAAUGACAGUCACUGCGGUGAAGACUGCUGUGACGCACUGUAACAAGCUGCUUUUUAAAAAUCACACACUGGGUGGAUGAUUGCUCUGGAUCGCUGGUUCUCAUCAGUGCACUCUGUGCUUUGCGGACGACUUCUCUUGUUUAUCUGGUGCUCUCCAGUUUCAUGGAGGAAUCUGAGCAGCUGUUGACCCAGAGGUCAGAGGAGAAGAUUCCCAACGGACACUGCAGAUGGAGCACUCGCUCCCUGGAUUCAAAGGCGGUGGAGGAUUUCAGGAGGAGGCUGAAGUACUUUUUUAUGAAUCCGUGCGAGAAGUAUAGAGCCAGGGGUCGGAAACCAUGGAAACUCAUGUUGCAAAUAUUGAAAAUUGUCAUCAUCACAGCACAGCUGGUCUUCUUUGGCCUGAGCAAUGAAAUGAUGGCGAAAUUCAAAGAGGACAAUGUAAUGACAUUUGAACAUCUGUUCCUGAAAGGAUUCAAGGACCACUGGCAGGGAAACUACUCUCUUUAUACUAAAGCCGAGCUGUAUGAUCAUAUCUACCACAUCAUCAACACGUACACCAAUCUUCAGAACCUGACUUUAGGAAAUCUUGCAUAUGGGAAGAUUGAUGGCAAGUACACCCCGCUGUCCAUCUGUCAGCUGCUUUACAAAAACAGCACAAUUGAUCCUGAGAGAGACACCUUCUACAUCGAUCCACACAUUGAUGAAGAGUGUAUUUCCAUAUUCUCGCCGACAUCUCUUAACAAUACUAAUCUGGAAAAAAACAUCAACUUCUCUGUAGAUUUCAAAAGGCUCGUGUCAAUUAACAUCAACUUCACUCUGAAAACCAUCAAUCUGCAGACCGUGCGGCACAAUGAGCUACCAGACUGCUACGGCUUCCACAUAAAGAUCCUAUUUGAUAACUGUGCACACAGUGGAAAGAUAAAAGUGGGUGUCAAAAAUGAUGUUCAAAUUCAUGAGUGCAAAGACUAUAACGUGAGAGACGCCUCUGGGAAAAUUGAUUAUCUCGACUUGAUGUUUGAUUCCUUGGUCAUCUUUGCCUGUUUUGCCUCCCUCAUUCUCUGCAUGCGUUCUAUUGUCAAGGGCAUUCAACUCCAGUUUGAGUUCAAAAUUUUCUUCCAAAUCCACUUCAAUAAAUUGGUGACUUGGUCAGAACGCCUGGAGUUUGUGAAUGGCUGGUAUAUAUUUAUUAACAUCAGUGACACGCUAACCAUCAUUGGGUCAGUGAUAAAAAUAGGAAUACAAACCAAGUUCCUAACCAACUAUGAUGUCUGCAGCAUCUUACUUGGAACAGCCACCAUGCUGGUAUGGAUUGGUGUUAUUCGCUACCUUGGUUAUUUCAAGAAGUACAACGUAAGAGCCUUCUCCUCAGUUCUGGAUAAUAUAUUCUGUCCAGAGGACCUAAAACAACUCACUUCCGUUCAGAUCCUUAUCCUAACCCUGAGGGCUGCCUUUCCUAAUGUUAUCCGGUUUUGCUGUUGCGCUGCCAUGAUCUACCUCGGGUAUUGCUUCUGUGGUUGGAUUGUUCUUGGACCUUAUCAUGACAAGUUUCGAACAUUUGACAAAGUGACAGAGUGCCUCUUCUCUCUCAUUAACGGAGACGACAUAUUUGCCACUUUCCUUAAUAUGAGAGACAAGAGCUACAUGGUGUGGCUUUUCAGCAGAAUCUAUCUGUACACCUUCACAUCUCUCUUCAUCUUCAUGGUGCUCAGCCUGUUCAUCGCCCUCAUCACAGACACCUACGAAACCAUCAAACAUCACCAGAAAGACAGCGAACCAGUGUCCCUGCUUCAUGCCUUCAUAGCAGAAUGCCAGGCUCAGCCUGAAUCUGGACAUUAUCAAUAUGAUGAGGAGUCUUCAAGCUGCUGUUUCUCUCUAGGAGGCUGGUUUCAAAGAAUUGAAAGGAUGUAAAGAUAACUUUGAGGACAAAGUUGUUGCAUAUAAAUGUAUUUGGCAGCAGCCGGAGAUAAAAGUGUCUAAAGAUCUUUUUCAAACUGACCUAUAUGAUAGUGUAAUGCAAAAGAAAAGUUGUUAGAUUAGCCACAGCUUCCUAAUUUAGUUGCACAAAGACCUGUUUAGAAACCAGUACAAUAACGUAUUGUAAAAGGAUGCUUGUCGGUCUUUGCCGUGUUUAAAAAUAAAAGGUAUUCUG